GGUUUGGCCCCGCGGAAAUGCGCUACGAUGGCGGCGGAGUCACUGGAGCGGAGCCGAAGCGACGCGGCUGUGCUGUGUGCAUGGGGGGUGAGAUGGGGGUUCGUCGGCUCGGCUGCGUGGGUGCGUGUGAGGGCCUAGGAUGCGCGGGUGCGCGCGCUCAGUGAUUGGUGUUAGACUGGGGGUAAAGUAGUUAGAAGAGAUGGUAAGGUGGCGCAGCUGGAUUUGCUGCAAUUGUGUAGUGGAUGAGUCUGAUCAGCUCGAAAAUGGACAUGCCAAGGUCCUGGCUAAUAACGUAGAUGGAGUGACAAAGGGUUUGAAAGAUUCUGCUACUGAGAAAACCCAGCCACAAAAUCCAGCUCUCACUAUCAAUAUUCCUGUUUUAUCCUUGGAUGAACUAGUAGAAAAGACAGAUGAUUUUGGGUCAAAGGCUUUGAUAGGUGAAGGCUCUUAUGGUAGAGUGUAUUAUGCUGUUCUUCACAGUGGAACAAAAAUUGCAGUGAAGAAACUUGAUUCUAAUGAAAAUGAGCCCACUUCAGAAUUCUUGACCCAGGUUGCUUUGGUUUCAAGAUUGAAACAUGAAAACUUAGUAGAUAUGUUGGGAUACUGUAUGGAGGGUAACCUUCGCAUGGUGGCGUAUGAAUUUGCCACUAUGGGUUCACUUCAUGAUGUUCUACAUGGAAGAAAAGGGGUGCAAGGUGCACAACCUGGUCCAGCACUGGAUUGGAUGCAACGAGUAAAAAUAGCUGUUGAUGCAGCCAAAGGACUUGAAUAUCUACAUGAGAAGGUUCAGCCCUCCAUUGUUCACAGGGAUAUUAGAUCAAGUAACAUACUCUUAUUUGAAGACUUCAAGGCAAAAGUUGCAGACUUCAAUCUCUCAAAUCAGGCUCCAGAUAUGGCUGCUCGUCUGCAUUCUACUCGUGUACUAGGAACCUUUGGUUAUCAUGCUCCAGAGUAUGCAAUGACCGGUCAGCUGACACAGAAAAGCGAUGUGUAUAGCUUUGGAGUUGUUCUCUUGGAACUUCUAACAGGAAGAAAGCCAGUAGACCAUACAAUGCCUAGAGGGCAGCAGAGCUUGGUUACAUGGGCUACACCAAGAUUAACUGAAGACAAGGUGAAGCAGUGUAUAGAUCCUCGUUUGAAUGGUGAAUAUCCACCAAAAGGAGUUGCAAAGCUUGCAGCAGUUGCAGCUUUGUGUGUGCAAUACGAAGCUGAGUUUCGUCCAAAUAUGAGCAUUGUGGUGAAGGCUUUAUCUCCACUACUCACAAGUAAGCCUGCUCCAACUGCGCCACCACCAGCUUUGGACGGGUGAUGUACAGAAUUAUCCAGGAAGAAAUAACAACUAAGGCCAUGCAUUUAAGGGACAAGGACCAUUGUUUUCCUGCUUGCUCAUGUCGCAUAGAAAAUGGAGAACCACACUUUUUUUCUUCUUGGAAUUCAGACUAGAGUUCAGACUAACUGCAUGGAGAAUGUGUUUUGCCUUUUGAAGGAACACAAUCCGAGCACAAUAAAGUGCCUUUGUGCAGACGAUGUCUAACAAUCGGGAUUGCAUUGCAUACUGUCAUAAACAAGACUUUAUCUGGAAACCAUAGGAUUUGCAAGCAGUUAGGUGCCUGUUUACAGAAAGACCUGGCGAUGGCGUGUGUUUUAGUAGUCGUUUGUUAAGCGAAAUAGAAUUGAUGUACUGCUGAAUACUCUCAUGUUAUUCGUUGACUCAGAUACUGUCGAUGUUAUUUAAUGGCUUGUUGCAUUACCUUUCUUUCGAGAUGAUCAAAUAU